AUGAAGUUCACUAGUGGCCUCGUCUUCUCGGGGCUCCUCGCCGCCGCUUCGGCUGUGCCGAUUGCCAAGGGCCUCGAGGGAAAGUUGCAUUUCCGCCUCAAUUCAUCUCAAUUGGAUACUAAUAUCUUAACACUAGGCUUCGUGGUGAUCGUUAUGGAGAACACCAACAAGGUCAAUGCUUUGGCUGACCCUUUCUACCGCUUGCUGGCCGACUCUGGUGUCCUGUUGACGGCUGCCAGGGUAAGAAUGCAUGAUCUAUACGUGUCAAUUGUUUUUGCAAUUCGAUAUUAA